UCUGCAGUUGUCGUCGGGAUGAUGAAGGAUAGCAGCCAGCUAGGGAAAUGCCUCUUAUUGCUUUCAAAUGAAUGAUUCCCAGAUUUCUUGCAUAAACCAUUGGGCUGGGAUGGUUUGUUCGGUGGCUGACUGUCAGAUAUCUACUUGAUGGAUUCCAUUGAACAUUAUUAUUAGAAUGCAACCAACUGCCUCAAUCACUGAAGACUGUUUGACAAAGUAUCACCUUGCUUGACAGAACAGGUGCUUCUUGUGAAGGAGGCCUCCAAACUGUCCUCGAUUUACUGAACUGGAAAGCAAAAUGAAGACAUCCCAGACCAUAAAUCAUGACUCUGGUUUACCUGUUGAUUUUUGACGGACGUAUAAAAUAAUCACUUGAUGUUUCGGUGUGUGUCUGCAGGAUACUGACUCUUUCUUUCUCUCUCUCUCUCACACACACACACACACACUCUAAAGGACAACUUCUUGUAUCAAUCCAGAGUUCCCAAAGAGGACCGUCAAAAUGUUUUCGGCUCUUAAGAAGCUGGUGGGCACCGAGCCUGGCCAGCUAGGAAACAAAAGCAUUCCAGCUGGUUUGCAGUCAAUGAACCAGAGCCUACAGAGAAGGUUUGCCAAGGGAGUACAGUAUAACAUGAAGAUCAUCAUCCGUGGAGACCGGAACACGGGAAAGAGUGCCCUAUGGCACCGACUACAGGGGAAGAAGUUUCUGGAAGAGUACAUCCCCACACAAGAAAUCCAGGUCUCCAGCAUCCACUGGAACUAUAAAACGACAGACGACGUUGUCAAGGUGGAAGUUUGGGACGUGGUGGACAAAGCAGGGAAAGGCAAGAAGCGAGGAGAAAUGCUGAAAACGGAGAAUGAACCCCUGGAGAAUGAGACUGAGAUGGCUCUGGAUGCAGAGUUCCUGGAUGUGUACAAGAACUGCAAUGGAGUCAUCAUGAUGUUCGACAUCACCAAACAAUGGACAUUUGACUACAUCGUGCGGGAGCUGCCCAAAGUGCCUACCCACGUGCCUGUCUGUGUGUUGGGCAACCAGAGGGACAUGGGCGAACACCGGGUCAUCCUACCCGACGACACCCGAGAGUUCCUCUGUCACCUCAACAGGCCUCCAGGUUCUUCUUACAUCCACUACGCUGAAUCUUCCAUGAAGAAUGGCUUUGGCCUCAAGUACCUGCAUCGCUUCUUCAAUAUCCCCUUCUUACAGCUGCAGAGGGAGACCCUGCUGAGACAACUGGAGACCAACCAGCUGGACAUAGACGCUACGCUGGAGGAGCUCAAUGUUCAGCAGGAGACUGAGGACCAGAACUAUGGCAUUUUCCUGGAGAUGAUGGAAGCCAGAAACAAAGCUGGCUUCAGCUCCCCGGGGGGCCCUUCCAACGGCCAGAGCCCCUCCUCAGGCUCCCAGUCCCCCAUCGUCCCGCAGAGCGGGCCCUCUACUCCUGGGGCCUGUCCCAGCCCCUGCACCCCCCAGCAACCCCCUCUCCCACCCCAGCCCCUAACUAUCUCCAACCCUAUCCCCAGGUCAGUUCAGGGUCCCCCUCCUACACCAACCCUAACCUUAACCCCUGUCCCCCUCUCCAGAACACUGCACUCCCUAGGGGUCCAGGUUACCCACAGCAGCCCCCGGCCCCCAGCCACUGCCCCCAACCCCUCAGGGGCUCCACCAUGGGGGAACCACACCUGUCCCGACCCCCAGUCACCCAGUGUCACCCAGGCCCCCCCUGCCCAGAAGAGAGGCUUCAUGUCGCGCCUCUUUGGAUCAGCCACCUCUGAGACUCCCGCUGAUGGCACAGACGAGAAGGUGCGGAAUGUGGAUGACUUUGUUCCCGAUGUGGGCAAGGCCCGUAGCUUCCCGGAGGAGGGGGCUGCUGCCAAAGCCAAGGAGAAAGCUGGAAGAGCAGGCAACAUGGACAGUGACAGUGACGGUGAGGGCCGAGGGGGGAACCCCAUGGUGUCAGGGUUCCAGGACGAUUUUGCCCCAGAUGAGCUGUGCCAGUCUGUGCCCAAAUCUGUGCCCAGGGCAGCCACCGUCCCCAGCAUGGGGAUCACCCUGACCAGCGAUGAAGAAGAUGAGGGGACGAAGGCACUUAACGUCGUCCAGGACGGUGGAUCGGACAGAAGGAGAUCCUCCAACGCUUUGAAGACUCAAAACAAGACCGGAGAAGCCAAGAAACCAGCGGGCUUAAAGAUGUCGUCCGAGCCCGUCUCAUUCCUGAACCCGACCCUAGCCCCGCUCCAGUCCAUGCGGGCAGGCAAGAAGAAGGGAGGGGAUGAAUCCUCCCACUCAGACCAAGAAGCUCCAGGGGACGAUCAGAUGCUCUCCUUCGUCAUGGACGAACCAGACUAUGAGGACGAGGAGUUUGAGAAGCCCAAGAAAAAGAAGGAGCCUUGGGCUGUACUGGAGGACCUGAAGCUGGUCCAGCCCUCUGUCCUCCCCAUCAAGAGCGACGACCUGGACCUGUUUGGACUGGGAUUCCAGGAUGUGGCGCCCAAGAGCAAGGAAAGCAGUGAGGACCAAGAUGACCGAGAAAGUAGAUCCUCAACAAAGGACAAGAAGAAGAAGAAGAAGAAAAGCAAAGAGGAGGACGACAAAAGCAGCAAGAAACGACACAAACAGAAGAAAAAGGAGGAGUCAGGGAGCGGGGACGAGAAAGAGAAGAAAAAGAAGAAGUCAAAGUCGACCAAGAAAGCCGGAGGCGUGGUUGACGACCUGGAGUCUUUCCUCGCCGGAGACGUAGACUACGAGGAGAUGUAGAAUAUCCCCCCAGCAUCCAAUCAGGACUACGUUCUACUUCAGCAUUCUAGGGUCAGGAUGUAGCCAUGAAGACGAGAGAAUGCGUCGACUGACUGGCUGAGUGAUCGAAGACUGCAAUUCUCAUUGGGUGAUAGUUAUUUCCCACUUCCUGACGUUGUGGUGCCUCUACAGUGGUUAGAUUUUGAUCAUUUGUGAUUGACAUUGACGUUGUUUGUUUUGCUUACCCUUUUACUGUACAUGCAACAGUACCGUCAUACAACAACACUACUGCAAAACUGUAGCUGGUAUAUCCAGGUUUUGAGUUUACGCUCAAGAGGACAAAACCACCAUUACUUUGAUGUUUCCACGGUCGAAUACACUUGGGUACACUCACUGCAAUGUCUUUGCUAUUCCAUUUGUCUUUUUCCAUUGGGCCUGCUUUCUGGGAAAGGCUUUAGAACUGACCCUAGUACGGAGUUGUGACUUUCUAUAUGGGAGCGCUCUCCUUUACACUGACCAGUGUUCAGGAGUCGGGGGACGUGUGUGCAUUCAUUAUGAAUUAUGUUGAACAUUGCUUCAGCAGCGAUAUAAAUGUUAUUUAUGUUUAUCUGGUGUUGGCUUUUCGAACUACGACUAUGUCUAGGUACAGUAGGAGUUUGUGAGUGUUUACUAAACAAGACAUUUUGGGAGUUUCUCUGAACUAAUUCUGCAAAUUUCACUGUGCAUGAUGAUUUGGUUUGGUUUGAUGUCAAUGCCUUAAGGAAAGCUUUACUUUAACACUGGAAAGGGUUACUUUAACACUGGAAAGGGUUACUUUAACACUGGAAAGGGUUACUUUAACACUGGAAAGGGUUACUUUAACACUGGAAAGGGUUACUUUAACACUGGAAAGGGUUACUUUAACACUGGAAAGGGUUACUUUAACACUGGAAAGGGUUACUUUAACACUGGAAAGGGUUACUUUAACACUGGAAAGGGUUACUUUAACACUGGAAAGGGUUACUUUAACACUGGAAAGUGGCGAUAUGAAUGCCUUUUAGUAGUAGAGAUCUGAUUGUUCAAUGAUGCCGUCAUUCUGGCAAAACUCAAUGCAAGGAAAGCCAAGAUACAAUGUUUUUUUUUCCCAACUUGCUGUUCUGUUAAGUCAUGUUGUUGUUUUUACUAUGGGGCAGUUGUACAAUGUCAUUUGACGUUUUUUCUCAUUUCUUCCGUUAACCAAAUGAUGUGUUUCUUGAGACAUGUUUUAAUAUUUCCGUGGUUACCUGUAACUUUUACACUAGUUUGCUUGGAUCCUAUUUCUUGAUGUUGCUGAGCACCAUGUGGGAUGGUUUUGCUGUGUAGAGUGAUAUCUCAUAGCCCUUUCUGAACUUGUUCACUUUACUGUAGGGGAGUGUGGAAGUCUGCUAGUCAGUCAUAACUACACACUACUGUCUAUCUACACUCCGAUCCAGGGGAUGUUUACAAGUAAAUGGCCUAAAGCUAUUCAUUCCACCUUAAGUCCCCUUAGAAAGAAUUGACAAAAUAUCAGGAAUGUAUUUAGAUAUCAUACAAGUAUGCAUUGUUACCAUUCCAUAUUUAUUUUGAAAUAUUAAGAAAAUAUUUUUGGACAUUAAACAAAUCCCAUGUUAAUAUAUCCAUUAUAGAAAAGUAUAUGCACAAAUAUUUAUUCAUGCAUUUGUACUGCAUAUUUCUCUGUGUUUUUACCUUGCUCCUCUCUGUUGUCUCUAAAAUAGGUAUUUUGGACUGUCUUUAAAAGAGACACUACAUAUCCAAUUCCACCCAGCCAUCUAGGGGCCGUGACUGCAGUUUACUGCUAUAGGUAUCCUUACCAGACGGCUCUGCGAGCGUUUGUUGAAUCAGGUAGACCUCUAGCUCUGUCUUUCCCUGACCGCUCGUAUAUCCUUGGUUCUCUCUGGUUGAAGGCGGUAUACUCUGGCUUAGUCCUCUUUCUCACCCUAGGGAAUGAUGCCAUUUUUUGCUGUAGCCUAACCCUCCCAGCUGGCUUGACGGGAGGGAACCCAAUGUGGCGAGGUGGACUCCCAGGCUGACCAUGGGGUCAUCCUCAGUGUUUCCCCCUCAUGCAGCUGUCUGCCUGUCAGGCUAGCUGCUAGGCCAGGGCACCCACCCCUACCGCUCACUAUGGAGCAAAUCCUAACUUCCUCUCCAGUCGAAUAAUGUCAGUUGGUGUCCUGUUGACAUUAACGCAUGACUAAGUGAACAUUUUGCUUAAGUGGAAGUUAGGAGUCACCCCUAUGAAAGUAAAAUCCCAGGCGAGCCAUGUCAACUCCUCUGCAUGAGCGUCACUGUGAGAAACAACAACACACCUGGCUGUACCACUGUAGAAUUAGAAUUUGUAGAACAGACAUUGUUAGUGCAUACAUUAUGGAGGAAUAGUGUCUUUUCUAGGCAUUCUAAUUCUGUGUUUAUGUAAUAUAACCCAGUCCUACCCAGACCUGUUUUGUUUUUUGGUGGUUGAUUUUGUUUCAUUGAAUUAUUCUGCUUUUUGUUCAAUGAUGUGUGAAGGAAUUUGUUUUGAUUCAUGUAGAUCAAACCAAUGCAACUUUUUGUUUACUGCUUUUUCUGUGGUAUGAUGUCUUCUGGGUAAAGUUCAAACAGGAAUCAUCCAAAUCAUGCAAACUGCCAGUGAAAUGUGGCAACAAGCGAACUUGAGAUUGCUGUUACCUCUUGGUUACAUCUUCCAAAAAAUUCCACCUUGAUUGUAAAUGUAAUAUCCGUUGUGCAUUGUCUUCAUCUUGCUCCCUGCAUAUUGUCUUUGUUGAGGUAAUAGUGUGUAUAGUUGAUUGAACUGUUGGUUGAAUUUGGUCUGUUUAUGUGUAUGCAUCUGAAUAUAUUGAGAGAUGGUGGGCAACUGGGGGGGAGAUUAUUUUGACAUUCCUCUUAUGCAUCUACACACUGUAAGUGAUAAAAUUGUCUAAUAAAUGCAAAAAUACUUUCA